UGUCUAUGCGGAGAUGCUCCAUCCUCUGUCUCCCCCAAUAUCUACGCCUACAAUAUCCUCAUCUCUGGUCUCUGCUCUACUGGGAAUCUUCAUGGAGCCUUUGCCCUGUUCCAGGAUAUGGAGGCUAGAGGCUGUUCCCCUAAUCUUGUCACCUAUAACACCCUCAUCGAUGCCUACGCCAAGUCUGGUCGAGCCCAUGAGGCCCUGCGCUUGCUGGAAUCCAUCCCCCUCAGGCCCAAUUUGGUGAUCUUCAAUUCGGUUGUCAAUGCAUUUUGCAGGGAACGGAGAUUGAAGGAAGCGGAAACGGUGUUCGAUAAGGUGAGGUUGGCUGGUUUGGUCCCUGAUAGUAUAACUUACAACACGCUGGUGCAUGGGUGGUGUUUGGAAGGAAAUGUACACCGUGCCCUUGCCCUGCACUCCAAGAUGGCGGCGAGAGAUGGGUUGGUGCCCAAUGUGGUUACAUACACCUCUCUCAUUGCCGCAGUCUGUAAAAGCGGGAAUCUUCGUAAGGCUGUGGAGCUCUUCGAUAAGAUGAGAGAGAGGAGGCUUAGGCCUAAUGGGGUGACCUACACAGCACUUAUUGAUGGCUUUUGCAAGCAGGGGAAUAUUGAAGAAGCCUACUCUCUCUUACUUGAAAUGACAAAUAGUGGGUUCUCACCUUGUGUUAUCACCUACAAUGUGCUCAUCAAUGGCUGGUGCAGAGAGGGGAGAAUGGCUGGAUCCAUAUGCCCAAAAGGUAUCACCCCUGAUAUCGUAACAUGCUGCACAAUAAUCACUGGUUAUUGUAAACUUGGGGAUUUGGACACAGCUUUCUCUCUCUUCCAUGAGUCAAUGGACAAGGGCAUGCCACCUGAUGCCGUGACCUAUUCAUCCCUUAUUCAAGGGCUCUGCGAGGAAAGGAGGCUGAGUGAGGCCCACCAUUUGUUUGAGCAAAUGGUUAAUAAUCGCAUGGGCAUAGCAGGUGGCCUGCAUCCCGAUAGCUUCACGUACACGAUACUUAUUGAUGCGUAUUGCAGGGAAGGAGAAGUGGGUCGCGCUCUCAACCUCCAUGACGAGAUGGUUAACAGGGGCAUUCUCGCUGAUGUGGUGACCUACAGUGUGCUCAUCAACGGGCUUGUGAAGAAAGCUAGGACAAAAGUGGCCAAGCAACUCUUGUUCAGAAUGUUUCAUGAUGGCUCAAUACCACCUGAAAUCACCUAUGAUCAAUUAAUUGGUCGAUGGAGUGAUGGGGAUAGUGGGGUUGCACUCAUGAAAGGGUUCUGUAUGAAAGGGUUGAUGAGUGAGGCUGAUAGGGUGUAUAGGUCGAUGGUAGAGAAGCAUUGGAAGCCCACUGAAGCUGCCUAUAAUGCGAUGAUACGUGGGCAUAGUAGGGGAGGGAGUAUUUGGAAGGCUCUUGAACUUUACAGGGAAAUGCGGGGUUCAGGCUAUAUCCCAAACAUUAUUAGUGUGAUAGCUUUGAUUAAGGGGCUCUCAUAUGAGGGCCGAAGCUAGGAAGUGAGUGAAUUGGUCCAUGAGGUUCUGAGAGAUUGUUUGGUUCCUGAAGCUGAAUCUUCCAAAGUUGUUAUGGAGAUAAACCACAAUGAGGGAAAUGUUCAGUGAUUGAUGCCCUUGCUGAGAUGGCCAAGGUUUCUUCCCACUAGUGGAGAAACUGGGUUGUCCAGAAGAUGAUGGUACCAAUUUCUUCUUGUGCUUUCUAUUGGGCUUUGUAAGUGGAGAACUGUCCACUUGUGGUACUACCGUUCCUGACCAGGCACUUGUACUAAACUUUGAAGUUUGAAGUUCUAGUAUGAAGCAGAAAAAUUCAUGGUAUAAGAGGUGGGAAAGUUGUCAGUUGGGCUUUGAAUUUGAUUACAAGUUAAUAUACACUUUUCUAGCUAGUAUUAAAUUGUAUCUACUAAUUCCCCGAGCCUAAAUGUUGCAUUUUCAAGCAGGCUACAGUUGGCCUGGUUUCACGUUUGUAUUAUGUUAACAUCCAGAUGUUUUUUUUUCCUGUAUAUGAAUUUUGAUUUGAUGGGCUGAGAGUUCCUGCAGGAGAUUAAGCAAAUUAAAGGUGAUUGAUUUUCAAGAGAAGACGGACAGAUAAGAAGAUCGUUGCUAGGAUAGAGAUAGACACGUCUCUCCCUCUUCUCGGCACCCAAAAAUGGAAGAUAUGGAUAUCCUCCUUUAACAUACCCAUGGCUCCUGGGAAGACUCGUUCAAUUGUGUGCAGUGCUCGCAAUUUCUUCGGCUUCCCAAUGCCUGGGCCAUCUUGGUGGCAGCUGGUUCGUAGAUGGCAUGAGCAAUGGACCUCAAACAAAGUUUACGAUGGUGACAUGAUUGUCCUUCAAGGUCAGGAGCAGACAUUCCUCUCCAAAUCAUUGGGAGUCUUCUGCUGAUGUUAAUCAGCAAUACACAAAGAUCACCUUCACACCCACAAGAGCAGAUCGUUUUGUUUUGGCAUUUCGUAAUUGGUUGAGGCGUUAUGGUAACAGCCAACCUGACUGGUUCAGUUCAGCUACCCUACAACCUCUCCCAUCCAUAACCCUAUCCAAGCGUAAGAUGUUGGAUAGAUAUGAACAGCAUACGCCGAAGUGCUCUUCAUCCAAGGGAGCCUACAAUGAUUUCCAAACCCUGUAGAAAGUGUUGGUGGGUGCAACUGUGAUAUUUGGUGCAACUGCCGGUGACCCAUCUGAAACGGGCCUGAGGAUCGUCCUCGCCACGCUUUCUAUUUUGAGCACUGCUGCUACGUAACUCUUAAACCAGCUCGAGAAGAAUUUUGUAUUCGUUGAUUAUGUGCAUUCUGAAAUAGAUUAAUGUUGUCAGUAAAGAAAUUGCCUCAGGGAGUGAGAGGGCAGUUGAUCUAUUCUACAGAGUAGUUGAAAUUUUUGGAAUGAAAUUCUGUGUAAUGUACAGCGUGUAAUUUAGAAAAUAGGAACUCAAAUUAUGUACAUAUUUCUUUUAUAUGCUGUGAAGUAUCAUAGUAAUAAGAACGAACUGUCUUGGCUCUAGUCAAAAAGAUAAA